AUGAGAUUCAAGUGUUUUGGAUCAGAAGAAACUGAACAAAGUUCAAAAAUCGAUAAAAGUAUCGAAACAGAUAGAAGAAAACUUAGAAAAGAUGUAAAAUUAUUAUUAUUAGGUCCAGGUGAAUCUGGUAAAUCAACUAUUUUUAAACAAAUGAAGAUCAUUCAAGAAGAUGGUGGUUAUAGUGUUGAAGAACUUUUAGAAUAUCGUGCAUUCGUUUAUUCAAAUUGUAUCAGUCAAAUGGAAGCAUUAUUAACUGCAUCUGCAAAAUUAAAUAUUGAAUUAGAAGUUGAAAAUAAACAAAGAGCAGCAAAUGUACUUCGUAGAACUAUUGGUAAUGAACCAUGGUUAUUAUUAGCAGCUGAUAUUAAACACCUUUGGGAAGAUAAAGGUAUUAAAGAAACAUAUGCACAAAAAGAUAAACAUUUCCAAUUAAACGAUUCUGCUGCUUAUUUCUUUGAUAAUAUAGAUAGAUAUAUGAGAGAAGAUUUUGUACCAAAUGAACAAGAUGUUUUGAGAUGUCGUGUUAGAACUACUGGUAUACAAGAAUCAGAAUUUACAUUUGAUAAGAUUAGAUUAAAGAUUGUAGAUGUCGGUGGUCAAAGAUCUCAAAGAAGAAAAUGGAUUCAUUGUUUCGAUUGUGUUACAGCAGUUAUUUUCGUUGCCGCUAUGAGCGAUUACGAUCAAGUACUUAGAGAAGAUGAAUCUGUAAAUAGAACUAGAGAAUCCUUAGCCUUAUUCAAAGAGAUUGUAAAUUGUGAUUACUUUAAAGAGACACCAAUCGUGUUAUUCCUCAACAAGAAGGAUCUUUUCAAGGAAAAAUUAAAGAGAGUACCACUCCAAUCUUGUUUCUCUGAUUACACUGGUCCAAAUAAAUAUAAAGAUGCUGCCAUGUUCAUUCAAUCACAAUAUCUUGCACAAGGUCCUUCACCACGUACUAUCUAUACUCAUGCCACUUGUGCUGUCGAUACUGAAAAUAUUAAAUUUGUAUUCAGAGCAGUUAGACAAACAAUUUUAUCUCAAGCUUUAGAACACUUCUAA